CUUUCCGUCUGUCUCUGUCUCCGUGUGUCUGUCUCUCUGUCUGUCUUCACUGAACGGCAACACAAGCGUCAGCGUCGGUGAAAGCCUGCAGCUCAUCGCCCGGAGCCGCGCACUUUCUCUCCCGCAGUUGUUCCAGGCGCUGACUCAGAUUCUUCUCCGAUCAACAGUAGACUGGAACUCGCCUUCAAACCCUUAAAGCUACCAUAAGAAGACCCACAGUGGGCCUGCAGUCAACUGAACCACUACUACAAACCCUCACCUCACCUAACUUCAGUUCACUCAAGAGGACAAUGGAGAACUGACCCGAGGACCAGCAGGCAACAGAAAGCAGCUCCUCCCUCCCCCCCCUUCACGAGCAGCCAUGGCGGGGUUCAAACGUCAUCAUGACGGGAAGAUUGCUGGGCUGUAUGACCUGGACAAGACUCUUGGCCGCGGCCAUUUUGCCGUGGUGAAACUGGCGCGACAUGUAUUCACUGGUGAAAAGGUUGCGGUAAAGGUGAUAGAUAAGACGAAGCUGGACCCAGUGGCUCGGGGUCACCUUUUCCAGGAGGUGCGGUGUAUGAAAAUGGUGCAACACCCCAACGUAGUGCGUCUGUACGAGGUCAUUGACACGGCCACUAAGCUCUACCUCAUCCUGGAGCUGGGAGACGGAGGAGACAUGUACGACUGCAUCAUGAAGCACGACGGAGGACUCAGUGAAGAGGUUGCCAAGUGUUACUUUGCCCAAAUUGUCCACGCCAUCUCCUACUGUCACCGGCUCCAUGUCGUACACAGGGACCUGAAGCCAGAGAACGUGGUGUUUUUCGAGAAGCAGGGUGUUGUCAAGCUCACCGACUUCGGCUUUAGCAACCGGUUUCAGCCCGGGAAAACACUCAACACCUCCUGUGGCUCGCUGGCCUACUCUGCUCCUGAAAUACUGCUGGGCGACGAGUAUGACGCUCCUGCAGUAGAUAUAUGGAGUCUGGGGGUGAUCCUGUUCAUGCUGGUCUGUGGUCAGCCGCCGUUCCAGGAGGCCAACGACAGCGAGACGCUCACCAUGAUCAUGGACUGUAAAUACACGGUGCCUCCACACAUCUCCACCGCGUGCAGAGAUCUCAUAGGCCAUAUGCUGCAGAGGGACCCCACGGGACGAGCGACGCUCGAGCAGAUCCAGGCCCACGAGUGGCUCCAAGGCGUCGACCCCUCCCCGGCCACCAAGCUGUCCACUCCCCUGGUGUCGCACCGCAGCCUGUCGGAGGAGGAGCACGGCUCCAUCAUUCAGCGCAUGGUGCUGGGUGCCAUCGCAGACAGAGACACCAUCACUGAGGCUCUGGAGUCAAAUCAGUACAACCACAUCACAGCGACUUACUUUCUGCUGGCUGAGAGGAUGCUGAGGGACCGGCAAGAGAAGGAGCUACACAGCCAGACGCGAUCACCCAGCCCCAGCAAGGCCCAGUUCAGACAGUCCUGGCCCACUAGAGUGGACGUUCACCAGGAUGUCAAUGACGGUUUGGGGGGUCCUUCCAUGUCCCACCCGGGGGGGCCACAGUCCCCUGCCCGUAGUGCCGAGAGCCUCCACAAAGGCCCCAGGCCCAAAACUGCUCUGCUGGACAUCAGCCAGCGGCAGGAGAGCCGCACUAAAUCAUCCAGCCAAGAGAGGGGGCUGCGGCCUCUGCCAAAGCCCCACUCCAACCCUAACAGACUGGGCUCUCUGGUCUCAGGGGGCCCUGGUAAAACACGCAGUCCCAGUCUCUUCAGUGUGGAAGAGGAUGAGGAGGAGGACGGGGAGGAAGACAAAUUCUCCUCCGCUCUGCCACAGGUGGUGCUUCGGAGCAAAACCUUGUCCUCCGGUAACCGGCUGUCCUCUCGUAUGAGCGCUCCAGUCCUGAACCAGAUACACGAGGAGAUUAAAGAGGAGGACGAGGACGAGGAGGAGGAGGGAAGUAAGCUGCACGGACUCGGUCGGCCCAAACCCAGCCUCAGCCUCAGUCUGAACUCUCAGAUAUCCUCGUCUUCAUCACUCGCACCUUCACCGAGCGCCGUCAAGGCGCCGGUGGCUACUUUCACCCCGAGCUCGGAGACGAGCGAUGACGACGCGGAGAGUCACCGCAAAGUGGACAAAGCAUCUGUGGCUGGGAAAAGGGAGGAGAGAGGAGGGAGGAAAGGGGGUAGAGAGAAACGGGGGGCAGGGGAGGGAAGUCCCUCUAACGCUGCCAGUCCUGGAUCAGGUUCAGGCCAAGGCAAAGGCACAGCCAAAGCCCCCACUGGUCUGGUGGAGAGCCUGAAGCUCAUGAGCCUGUGCCUGAGCUCUCAGUUCCAUAACUUGACGGGCGGAGGAGGAGGAGGAGGAGGAGGAGGCGGCGGCAACGGCGGUGUAAAUGUCGGGGUAGACAACCAGGACCGUCCCAUGUGGAGGAUGUGCAUGGGCGGCUCCACCGGGAGCCUGGACAAGGUCUCGCUCCUGGGCGGACCCUCCCCCCGGGGGAACCUCUACCAGCAGCCGCCACUGGGCGACGUCCUGGUCGACCCGCUGCUGGACGGCCCCUGUUCGGGCUCGCUGAGGCUGGGGGAGCUGGACCUGGCCCGCGAGAACCACAGGAACAUGAAGAACCGCCUGAUGCAGAUGCCACUGAGCGACAAGACUCUGUCUGUCAACAUCCACCGGAGUCCCAAAGAGGGUCUGCUCUGCACCCCCACCCCGCACAGCUGCUGCCAGGUCAUCUAGAGCACAGCUGCUGCACCUCCACACUCCUCCACCUCCUCCACCUCCGUCCUGCCUUUGUUUUUGUUAUAUCAGCCUUGGCUCACGUUAUUUAUACAUUUAUCGCAGUUUCCUUUUUGUUCAACACUUGGACGAGUGGGAGACAAAAUGCAAACCUUGCACAUUUUAGAGACACAGAGAAAGUCUCCGUUGAGGAGACCGGGUGCCACGCCAAGUAUGUGAAGAAGCACUUUAACUCGAUGAAACGAGACACCGGCGAGGACGUUUGAACCUGCCGGUGUUGAGACAAGAGACGGACACUGAAGCAGCCGGUGCUCACACACUGCUGCGCUCAUAUAUACUGCACGGACAUGCGGACGUUCACCCCUUCAUCAUCAUCACUCCCAAUAAGCUGAUAUAAAGGAUGAGGAUGUUUUAGUAUCAUGUUACAUAUUUCGUGUACUUUAAACGCUGAUGAUUUUCCUUUUUUUUCUUCUUUUUUUUUUUAAAUAUAUAGUUUGUGAGA